CAGCAUUCCAAGCAGAGAAACCGAGAAACAUUAAUAGCAAUUUUGGGGAUAAUUUUUUUUUUUUUUUAAAGAAUUUAAAUUAAGUGCUGAGAAAAAAUUCGGCUUUAAUAUUCACUACGUCUUAUUAUGUAUUGGGAAUGAAUGGGGUUCUACGUGUUGAUUGAUCCAACUUGAAAAAAAAUGGAUCCAAAGAAACCAAAAGAUCGCCCAUUUUAUGAACUACCAGAAAAAGUAAAACCGAGUUCCAAAAUCAUCAAUGAAGCAAGAUGUUCUUUGAGAUCAGUGGUAACAAAACGACCGUUUACUCCGCGAGAUGACAAACGUACAUUGUUUCCUGUAUCCACUUCACGAAACCCAGAAUCUCGUCCACCUAGUGCCUUUAGUUUAAACUCCAGACAUUUUGAUGGCCCUGAUUCAAGACCAGUCUCUGGGACACGGUUAUCUCCUCUUGAUUAUUGUUCCACUGAAGUGGCAGAUGUUAGAGUGAGAACUGAAAUUAAGACUCCUAGACCUCCAUCUGCUGGUGACCUUGAGUCUCAGCAUUUACCACCGAAACCACCAUCCGAUCCCAACAAACCACUGUCGAGGAAAGGUUCUCGCCCCAAGCUAUUUCCCUCCAGCAGUGUUGAUGUGCCAGGACCACUAGAUGGAGCUUCACCUACGAGAGGUCGAAGUGGAUCUUUCACUGAUGUUUCAGAUGCUGCCCCUCGUAGAACAGGGAGUGGUUCUAGAGACAGGCCAUCCAUUCUGCCUGUGGAGGAACGAGGAGUGGGAGAUGGGCGGGAGACUCCAGUCAGAACAUCCAGCUCCAUGGCAGUCAGUAGCCCACCCGGCAGUGCUGGUUCAAAAGAAGGGACUCGGAAGUCGAACAGUGCUGGCAAGUCAGGCAGAGCUGGAAGUGCUGGUAAGCGAGAAAUCGAGGAUAGUGCAGAGGAGGUCUUUUACAAUUCAUUUGUGGCACCUAUCUUGGAGGAAUUCGCCAGCAUGGGAAAAAAAAAAGAUAAUGGUCGUAUAUUUGAACUUGCUGAAGAACUUUACAAUGUUCUAAACAAGGGGAACAAGCUGAAAAAACACUACAAGCAGAGAUCGAGUAUUCUGAAGGCCAUCUUCAAGUUGCUGGAUGUUGACGAACCACGAGUGUUGCUUAAAUUAGCUCGCCUCAUUCUAGCAUUUAAAGUUAGUGGAAACAAUCUACUAAAUGUUUGCAAGCUCAUCUUUAAAGUGAGUCGCAAUGAAAAAAAUGAUCCAGAGUUCUUGGAUGGGAAUGUUUUAGAUCUCAUGUUGAACACCAUUAGGUUUUCUGACCACGUUGCCUCCUGUGAAGGCCUGGUUUAUUGUGUUGGAGCUGUCAAAUUUCUAACCGGCAAUGCCACUAUAUUGAAGAAAUUGGCUACAAAGGAGUGCAUUGAAAUACUGACCAAACUUAUGCAAAAUAUACAAAAGACGAAUCGAGAUAACGGCAAAGUGAAUGAACAGUUUGGACAUAUACUUGUUCAGCUAGCUGCUGCGUUAAGAAAUCUGGCAGACUGCAGCUCUGGCCGUGAACGGUUCAUCAACAGUGGGACGACAGAGAGUCUGGCCCAGCUGAUGGACGAGUAUCCCAGUGACAGUGACCUGAUGCUGUAUAUCUCCAGAACAUUCAGUAAAAUCACCCUGCACACAGACUGUUGUCGAGUUCUUGCAAGUCAACAUGGCUGCUACAAGGCCAUUCUGAACUUGCUCAAUAGCCAGUUACAAAAUGAGGACUUGGUGGUUCGGUUAUCUUUUGUUCUGGGCAACUUGACAGCUAAAAAUGAUGAUGCUCGGGUUCGACUGUUUGAAGAAAAGAAUUCUCUCGACACACUACUUACAGUAUUAAAGUUUUACCACAAUAAGCACAAACAGGGCAAGACAAAGAACGAAAGUGCAGUAAACUCUCCCCCAGAUAAUAAACAGAAUGAUUCUGAUGUCAGUAAACUAGACGAUGUGAUGAUUAAAACUGUGCGGGUCAUCGCCAACCUGUCAAUCAAUGAAACAGUUGGACCUCAGAUUGCAUCCAAUCGCAAAUGUGUGCUGCUUCUGUUAAAUAUUCUUGAUACCAGAGACAUUAGUGACAGUGAAGAAUUAAUUUUGAACACUGUAGCCACCAUAAACAAUUUGUCAUUUUAUUCAGUGAAGACGAGUGUUAUUAUGUCUCAACAGAUGGAAUUAGCAGAGUUACUUCUAAAGCUGAUGCUGCCUGACAACAUGGAGGCUAUGCUGGAAGCAUCGCGAGUGUUUGGAAACUUAACACAGCACAAGAAUGUCCGAGAUUUCCUGACCAAAAACAAGAUUGAUGAAAUGAUGAUCUCCCUGUUGGAUUGUGGAUGCAGGGAGGUUGUAUACAAUGCGUGUGGAGUCCUGGUCAACUUUAUGUCGGAUGAAUCUAAAAGACCUCUCUUGAAAAAGGAAGGUGGUGUCAAGAAGUUGAUAGAUGUUUUACAUGAUUUUGGCCGAGAAGACUGGGACUUGAGCAGUACAGUGUGUAAAGUACUGUGUAACUACAGCACGAAAAUCACCAGCUCAAAUGCUUGCUUCGGAGAACAGGAGGCUCAAGACCUCUCUGAAUUACUCCUGGAAUUCCUAGAUAAAGACACAGCAUUAGCUGACAGCGACGCAGAUAGUUUGGACUGUUUGUGUGAAACGUGGGAAGACAAAUUUGUUCCUGUUGGUACACAACUGUUAAAACGAAUUGAAAAAUAUCAGUCAAAGUUCGAACCUCUAGAGGCACCUGGUUGAUGUCGUAACAUGUAUUAUUUGAUGAGCUUGUCUUGUGUGCCCUUGGUGUGUGUUUGUGUAUAGGAAGAAUUUUGCAGUUGCCUGAUGCUACCUACAGGCAUUUGUCUAAAACUACCUGCAGAAUGUACCUACAGGCAGUUAUACAAUACUACCUACGGACAGUCAAAACUAAUGCUACAUACAGAACGUUAUUGAGCACUACCUACAGACAGUUGUAUAUUAUUACAUACAGUCUCAGGUGUGUGUGCAGGAAUUUAUAAAGGUUCAGGGUCUAGACUAUGGUAACCAACGUUUCUAGUGGGCAGGGGAUGUCAAGUUAUGCUCGCAUGAAAAAUAUAUUUAAAAAUUGAAAAUUUGCUUGGAGUGGUGGGCUGGGGGUGUUUGACUCUUGAAACCCCCUCUUGCACACAUGCUUGAGGCUGUUAUCUAAUACUACAUAGGACUCGGAUAUGUAGAGUAUUUUCUUGAAAAAUGAUUAAAAUGUGGUUAAUUUAAGGAAUAUUUUAUUAGCCAAAGACUAAAUGUUGUAGCUACUUUGUAUAAAAAUUAGAAAUUUGUAAUGGACAGGGUGAGCUUUGACUGCAGCCAGUUAUGUAAUGCUGCCUAUAGAAAGUUACCUUAUACCUACAAGCAGUUAUCUAAUACAACCUACAGAAAGUUAUCAAGGCAGUUAUGUAAUGCUGCCUAUAGAAAGUUACCUUAUACCUACAGGCAGUUACUUAAGGCCAAACAAAAAAAAUGGUUUGUUUCCGGUCACCUGACCGACCCUAAAUUUUGCCACCGACCCUGAACUUUUUUUUUCUGCUGGGGUGGGGGGAAGCACACAGAGAAGUUGUGGUCGCGGAUCGACAAAGCAGACGACAGAAGUACUCAAGUAGGAUAACUCUGACACGUCAGUGUGUGUGUUAAAUGGAGGUUGGGAGGGGGGGGGGGGGGGGAGCAGCGAUGGUUUUUAUACACCCCCACUGAAAUUGGAAUCAUUAACCAGUGUUCUACAUUGCGACCAAAAUGGUCGCCAAUGCGACCAAAAUGUUGGCGUGGCGACCAAUUGAAUUUAUUAUCGUCGCCAUCUGGCGACUGACUCCAAAAACGUCUAAGUAUUAAAUUAUUUGCCAUGUGCGUUCAGAGUCCUAGCAGC